CGGUUAGUUUUAAAGAAGAGAAGCGGAUCGGACACCAUGAACCAGGUGGAUUCUGUCCAGCAGCAGCGGACUGACAGUGUGUGUCUGGAGGACAAAGUGCGGAUGAAACUGUUCCCUGCAGAUGUCCAGAAGGUGUUGGUGAUUAAAGAAGAAGUUCCCUAUGAGUGGAACCCCAGUCUGCACCAGCAGAGCCCAGAACCCCUCAGUAUAAAGGAGGAACAGGAUGAAGUGUGGACCAGUCAGGAAGACACUGACAUCACCAGGUUCCCAUUCACUGCUGUUACUGUGAAGACUGAAGAUGAUGAAGAGAAGCCUCAGGACUUAAAGCUUCAUCAGAACCAAAGUGAAGACAUUAGAAAGACAGAACCUCCAACUAGCUGCUCAGCUAAACAGAUAAAAAUAGAAGCAGAGGACUGUGAAGGACCAGAACAAUCCAGGAACCAAGAUCUGAGUACUCAUUUACAAGUGAAUACUGAUGGAAAGUCUUCAGACUGGUCUGAGAUCGAAGUCAGUAUUGAUGCUUGUGAUGAGGAUGAGGAUGAAUGGCAAGAACCUUUGUCAGACUCUGAACCUGGAAAUGAAGACAGUGACAAUGAAUGGAAGGAGGCCAAGGGAACUAAAUUACGUGUAAAAAGCGAUGUAGGAUCUAAGACUGAGAAAAAGACCUUUAGCUGCUCUAAGUGUGAUAAACAAUUUCUCUACAAGCAGUCUCUUCAGAGACACAUGACAUGUCAUUCAGAAACAAGGACGUCUAGUAAUGUGAUUGUAAAAAAUGAUUCCGAAGUUCAGGAACAAGAGAAAUUAUUUAGCUGUAAUGUUUGCAGUCAAAGAUUUAGUCAACAGGGAACUCUGACAAGACACAUGAUAGUUCACACAGGAGAGAAACCAUAUAGCUGUGAUGUUUGUGGCAAAAGAUUUAGUCAACAGGGAACUCUAAAAUCACACAUGACAAUUCACACGGGAGAGAAACCGUUUGGCUGUGAUGUUUGUAGUAAAACGUUUAGUCAACAGAAAACACUGAAAUCACACAUGACAGUUCACACAGGAGAGAAACCAUUUAGCUGUGAUGUUUGUGGUAAAAGAUUUAGCCAACAUGGAACUCUGAAGAGACACGUUAGAGCUCACACAGAAGAUAAGCCCUUUGGCUGCAAUAUUUGUGGUAAAAGAUUUAGACAUCAUUGCAACCUUAAAUCACACAUGACAGUUCACAUUGGGGAGAAGCUGUUUGGUUGUGAUGAAUGUGGUAAAAGAUUUAGACAUCAUUGUAGUCUGAAGUUGCAUAUGACGGACCAUACAGGAGAAAAACCAUUUAGCUGUGAUGUUUGUGGUAAAAGAUUUAGCCAACAGGGACACCUGAAGAGACACAGUGUAGCGCACACAGGAGAGAAACCAUUUGGCUGUGAUGUAUGUGGUCAAAGAUUUAGCCAACAGGGAUCACUGAAGUCACACAUGACAGUUCACACGGGAGAGAAACCAUUUAGCUGUGAUGACUGUGGGAAAACAUUCAGACAACAGGGAACUCUGAAGGCACACAUGAUUGUGCAUUCAGGAGAGAAACCAUUUGGCUGUGAUUUUUGCGGUAAAAGAUUCAGCCAACAGCUAACGUUAAAGAGACACAUGGGAGUUCACACAGGAGAGAAACCUUUCAGUUGCAACACGUGUGGCAAAAGUUUUCGACUGUUGCAUGUCCUUCAAACGCACAUGAGAGUCCACACAGGAGAGAAACCAUUUGGCUGUAAUGACUGUGGGAAAAGAUUUAAGCAAAAGUCACAGCUUCAAACACACAUGAGUAUCCACACGGGAGAGAAACCGUUUGGCUGUAAGGUUUGUGGUGCAAAAUUUUCACAACAGGGAAGUCUGACGAGACACAUGAAAGCCCACGCAGAAUAGAAACUGCACAGUUGCAGAGCAAGUUGUGAAAAAUAUAUUGCAAGGAAGUGUGCAGUACUGUAUUAUUUUAUUGGCUUCAUUUUAGUGUGUCUCUUUAGAAUACAUAUUGUACCAGAGAGAGAUUGUUUACACAAGUCUGUACACUUUUUCCCACUAAACAUGCCAGUAGUCAUGCUACAAUACAUAACAUUAAUUCCCCUACCCCAACCUAUAUUCUUGGUCUUCUCAUCAAUGCAUUUCAUUUAGUAUCUGUAUUUUAAGUCAAAUACAGGUGUUAAACAAGGGUAAUAAGGCAUUGAUUGCACUGUCCUUGUGAACAUGUUAGCAUGUUAACUGUUGCAUUUAGCUCAAAGUUGUGCUCUGUGUAAUUCUGCUCUCCUUUUCCUCACAUUAUUUCUGUGUUUGGAUUUAGAGGUGGGCGUUGAAGACUUGUGAAAUCUCAGAAGCAGAGAUGGUCCAUCUGUUUGCUUGAAUAGAUGCAUUUUAUUGUAUUCACAGCAGAGGAAGGAAACCGAAAACACACACACAGCAAAUCAGGCAAUACGUGUGUUUAAAAUAAACUUUUAUGUUCUCUGGAAUCGGAAAAUGUUCCGACGAAGUGA